UUUACUUUUUUUAAAGUUCCUUAAAAAUGACUGAACGUUUUGGUCUUAUACUACUAACAGGUCCACCGGGUGUUGGAAAGACUACCUUAGUCCGUAAAGUUUGCGAAGAUCUAAUCAAUAAAUAUAGUAUCGUGUGUAACGGUUUCUAUACGGAAGAAGUACGUAAUACAAAUACCAGAGAGCGCAUAGGAUUCGAUGUAGUUACUUUCAAUAAAAAGCGAGGUAUACUAGCCAGAUUAGAUCGUACAGGGAAAGGACCUUUUGUUGGGAAAUACUGUGUAUAUGUUACAGAGUUUGAAGAGCUUGCUUUGCCUUUACUACAUCCAGGUAGUGGACACAAUUUAUUAGUUAUUGAUGAGGUGGGAAAAAUGGAGUUAAAAAGUAAAGAGUUUGAAAUGGCUGUAGAAAACAGUAUAAUGAAAAAUAUUUUAUUCGCAACAGUUCCAUAUGAAUUGCGACAGCCUUUGCCUGUGAUAGACAGACUAAAAAAUCACCCUAAGGCGCAAAUAAUUGUAGUUACUAAAGAGAAUCGAAAUUAUUUAAAAUCCGAAAUUAUCGCAAAAAUUUUGAAAUUAAUAAAAGCUUAAAAUGAAUAUUAGAAUAUAACGAAAUUAAAAACUUCCAGCUGAAAUGGAGCUUGAUCAUUUGAGUAAAAAAAUACAAAAAACUA